AGCUUGAGAAAGCACCUAAAAGGAAAAACCCGUGCUGAAAGCAAUAACACUGAACUAUCCUGUAGAAACAAAGAGAAAGGUCCAAACAUAAUGGAUUAUAAUCACCUCUUAGAUAUAUCAGAAAUAAAUUUGAAUCAGCAAGCAAGAACUUUAAGAGAACUGGCAUACCUGUCACAAAAAGGAGCAGAACCACGAGACUCCUUAGUUAAAGAACAAUCACUGAGUCUUGAAAAUGACAAACUGGAACCUAGAUAA